UCUCUCGUCAUUCGCUCGUGAGCCGUCGUCCGGAGCGUACGGAUACACUCGGACGUCGUCGUCGUGCCGUAUUGUUGUUAUAGCGUCGAGAUACGAUUUUUUCUUCCGAUUCGAUCGAAAAGUGUUGUGCUGUUUUUGUUGUUGUUGUUGUCGUCGACGUCCUCGUCAUUGGGAGAAGGUGUAUUGUGCACACCUUUGCGUAUCGCCGGUUGUUUUGGGAAACGACGCGCGUGACAAUGUCAUCAUCGGAGUGAUUAUCGCAGCCGAAGCAAAAAUGUGAUAUCGAGAAAUUCGGGUCCAUUUGGAUAAUAAAUUUUAUUUAUUGGACCGGAUAGUGGUUGCGGUUUGUACGGCAAGAGCGGUGAAUUUCGGUGCAGUCAGUAGUGGUACAAAUUAAGCUUUGCGUGUAUGAAACGUGUUCGAUGUAAUCGGCGAAGGAUUGCCGCAAAAGAGAAUGCGAGCAAAAUGUAAUGAUAAAUGAUUGAUUGAGUUUUUUUUUGGGGUGUUACUCGUCGAGUGCUCAUUUGAUACGGUCAAAGUGCUCAUGCUGAGCAGUGUGUUGGGUGGUUAACUGUGCGAGAUUGUAUUGUGCAUAUGUAUGCAAAAUAAUUGCGUUUAAAUCGCUUAGCUGAUUGCCGUUGUGGAAAGGCGCAUUUUGGUGUAGAAGAGAAUUUCAAGCAAACCGACCAGAGGUGCGAAAGUUUCGAGAAAGUGAUGAAGCUCAAAUUGGCGAUAAGUGUGAGGUGAAAAUUACUUGAAAUGAUUUUCGGGAAUGUUGUGAAAGGUGAAUGAAGUGAAAAGAUAUGAAAAAUCACGGCCUCUAAUGGUCACAGCGAUACAAGUGGAGCGAAGUGGAAAUAUUUUGAAUUGAUAUCGCCCAGUCACGUCAAGUUCAAAGCUUCCUUAACCGGUGAGAUGGUCGUGUGAUUAAGUCGGGUUGCGUUUGCGAUUAAUUAGCUAAUUGGAUGCAGUAACGACGCCGGUCAAAGAUCCAGUUCAGGAUCCGGUUUGAUCGAAGCAAAGUCAAAUCACGCAAACAGAAGAUUAAGUGAAAAGGCAAAUCCUUGCCGCAGUGGAAGUCAGUGGCGGUCAUUAACGCAGCUUAGCUAAACGUUCAGUUGUCACGAAAACGUGACUUCCCGUUUGAAAGUCGGUGGAAAAAAGAGAAGAAAAACUGUGCAGGCGAGGUGGAGUGCAGUGAAAGCCUGUGCAUAUCGCCGCGCCGCUGGAAUCCGUAUAGUAGGCGCUGAGCCGACAAGUUGACAAGAACAUAGCAAGAGAGAUAGAGAGCAUCAUGCCGCAUCCAAUGUCACCGCAGUCGCCGACACCGACGUUGUUAAGUAGCAGCCGUGGUAGCAGCAUGCAUCUGGUGGAGUACGACUACGAUGAACCGAAGCCGGCCAAGAAAAUCCUCGCCAAAGCCAUCUACGAUAACAUCGCCGAGAGCACCGACGAGCUGGCCUUCCGCAAGGGCGACAUUCUGACCGUCAUCGAAACGGACACCAGCGACCUCAAGGGAUGGUGGCUGUGCCAGCUGCGGGGACGACAGGGUAUCUGCCCCGGAAACCGACUGAAAAUCAUCCAACCGCACGAUUCCGGCUGUUUCACCCUGUCGCCGGCUUCCUCACCGUGUCCCUCGAUCGGACCGGGCACCAAUCUGAACAGUCCGGUCCCGAGUGACAUCUACGAGAACACCACCACCGCAUCGAGCAUUUCGUCGGCCACAUCCACAACGACGCCGGGAUCCAACAGGCAACAGCUCUACCAAAACCAGCACCAGGGCAAGCGGAGAUCCUGGCACAUAAAUCCCAACAAGGUAAUUCAAAUCAUCAACAAGUUAACUGUUUAUACUACAGGUAACAGUAAAGAAAUCCUGCUCAAAUCUGCCAUUAAUGUCCAAACUUUCUCGAGGAAAUCCACCGUGAUUGACCGUUUAUUAAAACCGCCCUCAUCGCCAUUCCUCCCUCAAAAGUAGCAUGAAAGAACUAAUCUAGCAAGUAAAUAAAGCUUCUUUUGGAUCCAUAGUUUCUUAAACUCCCUCCCCAACCGAAUCGUAAGAGGCCAUCACCACCCCCAUUUGAGGGACAGUCGACAACGACGACGACAGCGGCCCGCCCAGGGGUGUUGAUUUCAUAAAAUAUGCAAAAUUUUCCGGAAAAAGCAAUUUACCGUGGGCUAAUGACUUCUCGGUGGCGUGCAUUACUGGCGGAAAACUUUCCCCAACUGAAAAAGCAGGCAGCUUCACUUCAGCAGUCAGUGAUAUUACUGGUAUUCGCUGUCGUCGUCGAAAGCUUUAAAGUUCCUUUCCUACCGAUUCGGUGCUGUGCAGCAGUAUCCAAAAGUUGUGAAUGUAAUUACUCCCGGUUGUGGUUUGUUACUGCGAGCGCUCGUUCGCUGGAUUUGAUGGGCGCCCUGGGAAAUUGUGGGACGUCACCGGGCUUCGUUCGAGCUGUAACGUUCUUAUGACGAAGUACUGGCAUUGUGUUCGAUAAAUUAUUCAGGCGAAGAUUUAAUUUCAAAGAAAUCUAAGAAGUUGCCCAGUAUUGUUGACAUUUUCAUAAGAAAGUAACAAUAUAGCAUUUCUGUCAGGCCUUGCGAUAACUGUCGUCAAAUUUGUAUCUUUUUUUCGUUUUUUAAUUUUAUUUUUCUAUUUUUUGUUCUUGUUUCUUUUUUUUUAAUUGUUUGUCUUUUGUUUGAUACUUAUCAUACUCUAUCUUCUGUCCACUAU